AUGACGGCAGUGAUGCUUGACCAAUUCGGUAGCAACCUCGUGCAUGUUGCCACGGUAACAGUGGGUGCAUCGCAAUCCUACUACUUUCGACAAAAGUUGAGCGACGAAAAGACAUCGGCAUGCAAUUAUCGACAACCAAAGCAAAUCAUACCAUCAGUCCCACGCACUCGCACACGUCCCCCACCAGGUUCUAGUUUAUCGCCUAUUCGCUCUCACAAGUUACCUCCUCGUCGUGGUCCAGUUUCCUCCUUCUCCUCUUCUCCUCAAAAGUCUUUAGCAUCCAUACCAUUGCCACCUUUAUCCACGUCACGUUUACCACAACCACCACCACCACCGCAAACAACAUCAGCAGGAAAACAGCGAAAGAGAAAAGUCAGCUUUGAUAAUCAAGUAGUCGUUGUCCAUACUGUGAUUCAAGCAGAUGAUGAUGAAGAUAUCGACGAUCCAAAUUCAACAUCAUGA